AGGCUGCGCGCACCCCAGACACGAAAGAGAAAGAGUCAAUUACAACGCACAUAUUGCUGUUAUUGAUAUGACAGUUUUUCUUAGGUACAAUAGUCUUCGCCAAUGAACUUGACAAGUACUUACUUGGUAAAAAGUUGCAAAUCCCAACGCCCAUCUCUUUUUACAGUUCCGCACCGGACUGAAGGAAAUCAAACGUUUUUUCGCAAAGUCCUACCUACCAUAGUCUUUAGAUGAGAGGUAACUUUAUUGCAAAGGCUAAAGUGUCGUACCGCAUAAUGUACUUGAUUGUAGAAGUGUACUUGAUAAAGAUAACCCGCUACGUUUUAGACAUGUCGCAUGCACCUUCUUUUCCAUAUCUUUUCUCACACUAUCACAUUGCAAAGAUAGCUAAGAAGUACAAAGAACAUAGACAUGCUCUCCUUGUUGCGACCCGUUCUGCUGGUUUCUCAGAAUACUUGAUCUUGAUGCGAGAGCACUAACCAGGCCGGCCAAGAUGGCAGAGAAUAUCCGUGUUGUCGUUCGCUGCCGGCCAGCGCACGACAACGAACGAAAUUACCAGCAGGCUGUAAAAUUUCACGAUGACUGCCAGAUCGAGGUGCUAGAUCAUGUGUAUCGCUUCGACCGUGCUUAUGAUCUUCAGGCAAAGCAACGCUCAAUCUACGAUGACAAUCUCACGGAUAUCAUCGAGGUAGCAUGAUUAUGCUCGUAAUCGCAGAUGGCUGCUUCUACAGAAGUGGUGGAUUCACAUUAUACGCGUAGUUUUUAUAACGUUUAGCUUCAUGCAUUUUCGUACGGAUUACACUUGAUUGUUUUGACGCGCCAUCCGUAAUGUGGCUUGUGUCUCAUUAACGGUAUCAGGUAUCACGUUUAUCUUUAUGUCACGUAGAUCCUCUCCAAACACAUAUUGCGACAUGUUCAUUCAGGGCACUCUGUCUGGUUACAACGGAACGGUUUUUGCUUACGGUCAGACCGGCUCGGGUAAGACCCACACAAUGUCAGGAAGUGCGGAGAGCCCUGGCGUUAUUCCGCGUGCUUUUGUUAAGAUUACAACAGCUAGUAUUUCAGCACGAAUUUAUUCGCUGGGCCUUUUCCUUUAGAUCAUGCACCUGUGAGAGGAUUCGUCAACUAAGUGAAAUUAAGAGGCAAAGCAUCUACUACGAUUAGGCCCCCUGCUGCUCUAAGCCACGUCAGAUUUUCGCGCGGAUUCAAGCUGAUGAAGAGCGAAGUUUCGCGGUGCGUGUGACCUUCGUGGAAAUCUACAUGGAGAAUAUUCGAGAUUUGCUCGUUUCAGUGCAUCAGAAAUCCGGCGAGGUUGGACCCGGCGGAUUCAGCAGCAAUCAGGGCAGCAACUAUCUGCAGGCAGCCGCCGGUGAUCGGGACGGCGGUUGGAUGGGAGCGCCUCAGCGGCCAAGUGCGCCGCCAGGGAAUCCAGUCAAUCUAGAGCUGAAGGAGCACGCGGAAACUGGCGUCUACGUGAAGGGAUUAACUUCGUACGUGUGCCGCACUGAGGAUGAGAUGAAAGCGCGCCUCAAUCAGGGCAAUGCAAGGCGGACAACCGGAGUCACUGCCAUGAACGCCCAGAGUUCAAGAUCGCACGCAAUUUUUUCCGUGAUGAUCGAGACAACACUUAUGAAUGAUCGAUCCUACAACAUCCAUAAAUAUGUUGUCACUUUUGCAUAAGUUUUCGCUUUUCUUCUACUUCCUCUCUCACAAAAAAGGGGAAGUAGAAGAUUUUCUAUUGCUUGUCGGUUUCUUUUUAGAUCGAGGAAUUAAGACAGAGUCGUAAACGACAACUCUCCAAAAUGAGUCUUUUCUAAUUCAGAGCAAUUCCUUUUCGGCGGCGGGCGUGAAGGCGGCGAGGGAAACUUGAGUCGGAUGCUGCGUGGUAAGCUUCAUCUGGUCGAUCUGGCUGGAUCGGAGCGGCAAAGCAAGUCGGAGGCACAGGGGGUGACGUUGAAAGAUUAUGGCUUGCGAAGACUAAUGACAGUCUUAGAAAAAAGUAAAUAAUGAAUUGAUAUUGAGCUUCAUCUGCCUGGUGAAGCAUAUAGAAGAUGCAAUUUAUCAUUUGAUGUGAAGAUUAACUAUAGGGAUACCUUUGGCACCGCGAUCGCAUGAGUUCUUGCGUGGUUAUACAAAUUUUUUCUUUUUGCGAAAGGUACUCCUACGUGUUCGACCGAUCCACAACUUGUUCCAAUUCACUGCUCUCUCUAAUACAAGGCAGCAAAAAUCAAUUUGUCACUUUUGACGCUUGGAUCCGUUAUUUCUGCACUCGCGUCGAAUCCGCGACCAUCCCACAUUCCGUAUAGGGAUUCAAAGCUGACCCGCCUCCUUGAGGGUUCUCUCGGAGGCAACGCGAAGACCGUAAUGAUUGCGACCGUAGGCCCAAGUGCGUACAACGCUGAGGAAACGUUGCAGACGCUGCGGUACGCAAAUCGCGUGAAAGCUAUUGUAAACAAGCCAACCGUAAACUCAGACCUCAAAGACCGGCUCAUUGAAGAUCUGACCCGCGAACUAGAGCUCGCACGUGCGCAGAACACUCUCCCACCGGACUUGGAGGAGGUGCCACUUGUUAAAAUGCUGCGGUCGGAGGUGACGAAGCUGAAAGCACUUUUGCGGUCUGCGGAGCGCGCCACGGCGGAUGCUGAGAGCCGCGCGGAAGAGGCGCAGAACAGCGCGGCCAUCCUCCAGUCGCACUUUGACCGUAUGGAGGAGGAAAACCGGGAAUGGGAGGCCCAAGCCGUUGCAGCGCUCACGAGACUACGCGACCUGGAUGAGCAAGGGCGCGCACUUUCCUCCAGUGAAGCAAAGAAUAGUCACGUAGAUAGACACUCUGUUCUUGGUGGAGGCACGACAGCCGAUGCCGCAACGGCAGCCUUGGUCGCAGCUGCCACGACACAAGGCAUGCCACCGCUCCGCGAUCUGCUUGUCCCAUUGGCAGCGAGGGGAAGCGACACGAGUGAGGGGCAUCAGCGGCCGACCUCGAAGAUGGCUGCCGACACAACUGCUUUGCCCAACCCGGUAGAUGACCGCAAUCCUACAGCGAGACCCCGAGUUGUGAGCGCCACCACAGGCACGGAAAUCGUCGUUGCGGGCAGCCCCGAGCAGCAGCAGGCCAUGGAGCGGCUUCGUCAGGACGCCCAUACGCUGCGGGCGGAAAACGAGGAGUUGCUCAAAGCUCUUGGAACGGCUGUGAACGACGAAGAAGAACUACUGGAGCUGCGUGAGAAAGCCGCUGACCUCUUGCGCCAGGAGGCUGAGCUCAUAGUGGAUAAGGACGAACUACUGCGAAACAAGGAGGAUUUGCUACAGCAACAAGAAACGAACGCAGAAUUGCUCGUCCGACACGAGGAGCUCCUCGAAACAGUAGAGCGAAUGGCACGUGAUGGGCACGCGUCGGAAGAAACCUGGCGUCUUAUUGAGCAGGAACGGGCAACUGAUUAUGGCUAUUUAUAACAUAUUUUUGCCUGUGGCUUAUAAUUGCAUAUUUAUCGUGGUAACCGGAAGAAGGCCUCACGGCCUGGUUGCCUUUGCCCUUUCGAUGGAGUCGAUUCAUCGAAAUUAUGUUUUCAACUUUUCUACAUAGAAGUCUAGCCAGUCGUAUUGGUCUAAUCUCAGCAGCAGCGUGCUCGCACACAAGCAGUGGAGAUUCUGAAGCAACAAAACCAUCGGCCGCAAAAGCGAGGACGGGGUGCCGGAGGAUAUCAAGGGUAUGCAGGAAAUGGAAGCAUGAGUGACUAUUAUAACAAAAACAUGACAGGAGGAUAUGGAGAUGUAGGACAAAAUGGUAAUAUGCAAGAUGGCUAUUCAUCAUGGGAACCUUCAAACAUUCAUGUCGGCGUCGACGGGAUACAAGGUCCGUUCCGCAGUGCUGCGUACGUGGUGCCACCGCCAGAUCAUUACGUUGCCGAGGGAAUUCCAAGCAGUACAGUGUACGGGAACGCCGCUGCACCCGGAGGCAGAGACGCGCUCCAACAAGUCCCAGGUGGUGUUUUUUCGACUGGCUCACCCAUGUUAAGGCAGCCACACUACUUAAUCAGUUUCAAACGAUGAUCAUGAUGUUAUUUGCUUUUGCUCUGCAGCUGGGUUUCGCGUAUUGCGUUGAUGGUCAGAAUCGAUUCUAUGAACCGUCCUCAAUGAAUCUAUGUAUCGGUCAUCUCUGCUUUCUUUUUCAUACUUACUUUUUUCUCAUGGAUUAUCAUCGCAUUUGCAGCUCUUCUUUCUAAGAAUGCGGAGUUUCGUUGUGGCGGGAGUCGAUUUGAAAGGCGCACCGGUCGGCGGUUUCUCGCUGACACCCAACGCACAGGAAACGUCAACUUUCCGCCACCAGGACCCGGACAUAACGCGGCAAAACGAGAAAGCAGCAAAGCAACGAGGCUCCUCAUCUACUGUUCCAGCAAUAUCUAGUACUGCCACGAGUAGCAAUAACUGCAAUGUGGGAGAACAAGCAGGAUUUUCAACAGGAGGAGGUGGACGACCUUUCAUAGAAGUGGAAACUUUUUCCCCAGAUGUUGAUGUGAAAAAUUAUUCUCCACCAUUCGUCGAAAUGCUUCCUGCGACAAGUGUAUUCCCGAUUCCGCUUGCUGAUGCGCUGCGAACAUGCGAGAUUCUGAGCAUGCUGGCCAUGCAGCAGCACCAAUGCGCGACGACGUUUGCGACGCAAAACCCGUCGUACCGCAAAGUCGUGGUUACUACAGGAGACACCACACGAGAAUGCGAAAAACUUGAAUUUAAGCUGCGAGGCUCCUCAAACUUGGUAGGACGCGCGGCUGCCGUCAUAGGCCUUAGGAAAAAGCCUGUGGAUCCAAAAUCCGGUGACGUGCCGAAGUUACGUCUGAAUUGAAUGUCCUAGAUCUAUUUUUACUUUUAGUACAGAGUAAAAGUUGCUCGGUUAUUCAUCUUCUUCGUCUUCCAUGAUAGAUAUUAUCAUUAAACUGGGCUCUCAGGCCACUGGGAUGAAGUCUUAUUGCUUAGCACUCUCUAACACAAGAGGUAGUGGCGCAACUGGCAACAUUUCUCGACCGCGUCGUAAAAAUGCGAACCCAAUUUCUAUUUGAGGAGUCCGUAGACGCAGCAGAGGACGCUCUCUUCGUGCGAAAGAUUAAAAGCUGUGCUGAAAUUCUGGGAGUUAGCGUGAAAGUGAUCACCGCGGAAGAAUGUGCAGCCUCACCGACAAACAGCUCUAGUUAUGACCAUUCUUCAAUGUCCAAAAGAAGACUAAUAUUUGAUCUGAAAAUUGUACUAGUGCUGCUUCUACAUUUAGUUACUUACCUUAUCGUUCCGGUAAAUUUUAGAGGCCUUUCUUCAUCUUCUAAUGGUUCAACAACGUGGCGAACGGACCACGACAGGAACGGCGAUUUGCAGAAGAAGCUUUGCAACCGAACGUCCGAAGUGCCGUCGCGACAUCAGCAGGGAGUCUUCUUCCCCAAGUUCCCGGUUCUGGAAGGAAUACCGCAGCCAGUCCAUCGUUAAGGCCCUCGCGAUAAAGUGGCCAGAAACGGAUGCGAACACUUGAACGCGGAAUUGUACUAAGAGACCGUACUAGACGUCACUGGUCGUGGCUGAGAACUUAGCCGCGGAGACGGUAAGACGAACCGUUCUUAAGCAACUGCUCAGCGCGUCUCGGCUUGAACAACUACUCGAUCUCGGAUGGUGCGAAGCGGGGCAAGAACGGACAAAAUGGAGCUUUCUCGAGCGAGCGUAUGUCACACAGAAACCAGUGCAAUAUGCCGGCAGGGCUUCACAUGCCAUGCCGGAUGCUGAAAGGAAUCCUUUUUAAGUAGCUCACGCGUCGUUUUUCCUGCAAGAAUGAAAUAAUGUUCAAGUUGGACGUAGGUCGUGGUGGUCGGGAACAGCCAGGAACAUCAGGCUCGUUGUGAAUAUACGGAUACCCAUGUUGUUUGUACCUCGGAUGCAUGUUUAUGAUUACGAACGUUGUCGACAUGAUUUGAGCUUCAAUACACCUCCUCAUCAUUCGCAGUCCAGAUCACUCGUAUAAUCCGCUUGUUGCAGUUGGUCGACGAAUUCGCUACAGCUGAGUUUGCGCAUAGGGUUUCGUUCUUUGUGAUAGAACCAGAUGCAGAUUCAUGAAAACCAUAAGCCCG